AGUUUCGUAGUAUCUAUCAUACUCAAGCUCAAGUUUAGUGUAGUAGUGUGCUUGGUGUACUUACCGGUGGUCGCUUGUUUCAGUCGCCACUUCAUCCAUUCAGUAUCGUAACUUUUGUGGCCCAUUUACUGGAUCGGUAUGGCUCCUGCAGCUGCAGCGGUGAAACCACAGCCUAAUGAUGACCCAACAGGGAUCAGGGCAGUUCUAUUGGGUCCACCAGGGUCAGGCAAAGGAACUCAGGCCCCACUUCUCAAACAGAAGUAUUGUGUUUGCCAUUUGUCAACUGGUGACAUGCUUCGCGCCGAAGUGGCUUCCGGGUCUGACCUAGGCCGCCGGCUCAAGAAGGUCAUGGAUGAAGGGAAGCUGGUCUCUGACGAGAUGGUAGUGGAUAUGAUAGACAAGAACCUUGAUCAACCGGAGUGCAAGAAUGGGUUUUUGCUGGAUGGCUUCCCUAGGACUGUGCCACAGGCGCAAAAGUUGGAUGACUUGCUGGCCAAGAGAAAAACAGAGCUAGAUGCUGUCAUCGAGUUUUCAAUUCAAGACAGCUUGCUCGUACGAAGGAUCACCGGGAGGUUGAUCCAUCCUUCAAGUGGGCGCAGCUACCACGAAGAGUUCCAUCCGCCCAGGAAGCCCAUGACUGAUGACGUCACAGGCGAGCCUCUGAUCAAACGGUCUGAUGACAAUGUUGAGGCUUUGAAGAAACGGUUAGCUACAUAUCAUGCGCAGACUGUUCCUCUCGUAGACUACUACAUGAGGAAAGGGCUCCACUACAGAGUAGAUGCCUCAAAAUCAGCUGAAGAUGUUUUCAGUAAAAUUGACAACAUAUUUAAAAGCCGGAUUUUCGGCAGGCACCGUGCUGCUCAAUAAAUAGUGAUCAAAUAAGUUAAAAGUGUACAAAUCUAUUUUUUUUAUAUCAUGUGACUGUUAUUGGUUUUGCUAUGCUAUUGAGAAACUAGUUGUCUGUUUUAAGAGACUAUUUCUUGGAAUACAAUGAACUGGUAUUACAGUA